CGUGUCGUAGUCAGUAAAUCCUCGAUUUUUACAAUAAAUGCUCUCGAAAAUUAAUUUUUUUAAUAUCCUAAUUUAAAUAAUGUGACAUUUAGAAAAUUUUAAUGCAUAUUUUAUCAAUCUUUUUCCAUCACUUCCAGAUUUUUGCAACGCUCACGGCCGUUGUACUCGCUCGACCAGAUGUCAGCCACUUGAAUGGCUAUAAGUAUAAUCAACCAGGUGGUGGAGCAUCAAAUGGAAUUGCAUCAGGCAACAGUUUUUCCAAUGCAGGAGCAGGCUUCAGUGGAGGAAAUAAUUAUCAAGGAGGUUAUACAGACUCAGCAUCAUUUGGAUCAAGCGCUUCAGGAGUAACAAGUGGAGCACCAUUAGAGGAAGUAUCUGUACAAGUAUCAUCAAGCGCAUCAGCUAAUGGAAUUUCUGGAAGUGGAUAUUCAUCACAAUCAACUGGAUUAGAUGCUGGAUAUCAAGCUGGAUCAAAUGGUGCAGCCUCUGGAUCAAAUGGUGUAGCAGCUGCAUCAAACGGUUUAUCAGGAGGAGCUAAUGGAUUCUCAGGAAGUGCCAAUGGAUUCUCAGGUAGUUCCAAUGGAUUCUCAGGAAGUUCAAAUGGAUUCUCAAAUGGAGCUAACGGUUUGUCAGGAGGAUCAAAUGGAUUUGUUGCUGGAUCUGAAAGUACUGGUGCUGGAUUCUCAAAUGGAGGACAAAAUGGUGGCAUCAAUUUGAUCCAAGGACAAUCUCAAUCAUUUGACUUAACAGGAGGAUCUAAUAGUGGACAACGUGUUGUUUACAAACCAGUCAUCAAGCAAGGCGAACCAAUCAUUACCAAAAACUUCUAUGUGCAUGCUGCACCAGAAGAAGACGAAAAUGUUCGUGUUGAAGAGAAGGUUCAUGUUGUGAGACCACAAAAGACAUACAAAAUUAUCUUCAUUAAGGCACCAUCAAUUGGCUCAUCACUCAGUGCUGCUAAUUAUCCAGUUUAUCCACAGAACGAAGAAAAGACUAUUGUCUAUGUCUUGUCCAAGAAGAAUGAUGAUGUCUCAGAUAUUGGCGAGAUUCCAACACCACCACCAUCAGUCACACACAAACCAGAAGUCUUCUUCAUCAAGUACAAGACGAAACAAGAAGCUGCUGAUGCCGUCGCCAACAUUCAAUCUCAACUUCAACAAGAAUCAGAAUCAGGAGCUACAGCAAAUGCUCAAAGUCUCAGCAUUGGAAGUACAGGAAGUGAAAAUGAUGGAGGUAACCUUAUCGUUACAAGCUCUGGAUCAGCAAAUGAAGCUGGACUUGAUCAAAGAAUCACACCUGAUGACAUCCGUGAUGAAUCUGGAGACAUUGAUGAAACAGCUUUUGGAGUUUCUGGUGCUGGUGAUUUUGGUGGAUCAGGAAUUCAAACUAUCACAACAUCAUCAGCCUCAAGUGAAACUCGUGUAGGACCAAGCGGUGGACAAUUUGCACUCCAAGCUAGCAACUUCGGGCCAACUGGAGGUCAAGUAAUAACACAAACUGCUCAACUCCCAGCUGGCGAUGCCCUCCCAGCCUUACAAACACAAUACACAGAAUAUAAUGGAGGACAAACAUACACACAACAAGAACAAGUUCCAGCAUUCUCACCAGACUCAAGUGGAAGCAGUGCUGAAUUUAUUCCACAACAAUUCAUCAAGAUUGAUCCAAAUCAGUCAGAAUUCAAUAACAGACAAGCCUAUUUACCGCCAAAUGCCAGACGAUUCAGAUUUUAAACUCAUCACAUCUAAAUUAUUUCAUCAUACUUUAAAUAAUUGUAAAAGGCACAACGACCACAAAUGACACACAUUUUCGAUGGUCGUGUGGUUCUCUCUCUCUCUCUCUAUCCUCACAUAUAGACAUCAUUUUUUUUAAAUAAGAAAUGUCCAAAAAAUGCAAAUUUUUUGCCAUAAAUUUCCUCAUUUGAUGCAACAACAACAACAAAUGAUAAUUUUAAGCUAAGUUUUGUGAAUCAAAUUUUGAUUAUUUUAUGUAAAUAAAGAUGCAA